CGCCCCCGGGCCGGGCCGGGCGGGGUCGGUGCCGGUGCCGGUGCCGGGGCCAUGCGCGACGGGAACCGGAGGGGCCACGGGGGCGAUGGGGCCGCGGCUGCUGCUCGCCGCGGGGCUGCUGCUCGCCGCUGGCACCGGCAGCGCCGCAGGUGACAGCUCGCAGCAGCAGCAGCACAGUGAGGAAUUAGGACACUCCUGGUCUGUGACCCCGUGGGUCCUGUGGGAGAACCGGACACUCAGCUUGGCAGAAGCCACCCAGGGUGGGUUCCCCGCCCGUCUGACAGUGCUGCUGGAGCUGGAGGGGAUGCGGCUGCUGCUGGAGCUGGAGCAAAACUGGGAGCUGGUGCAGGGCACUGGGGCACUGCUCUAUUACCUGCCCGACGGCACACAGGUGAUCCAGGAGCACAGACAGCAGGAGCACUGCUGCUACCGUGGAACAGUGCAGGGCUUCCCCGGCUCCUGGGCCAACCUCUGUGCCUGCACUGGACUCAGCGGCCGCCUCUGGCUGUCACACACCAGGAGCUACACGCUGGAGCCGGACACCAGCAGCCCCCCAGGGCAGCACAUGGCAUCCCACCUUCGGCUGGACCCCCAGAGCUGCAGGCAGGGCGCCCAGCCUGGGCCAGAGGCAACAGAGCCACCCUGGCCACAGAGGGGCAAGCGGGCAGCGGCACAGCAGCACUUUGUGGAGCUGGUGAUGGUGGUGGACCACGCUGCGUUCCAGCAUUACCCCAACCUCCAGCGCCUUCACACGCGGACCCUGGAAAUCGCCAACCAGGUGGAUGUGUUCUUCCGCCCGCUGGGAGUGCGGGUGGCCCUGCUGGCGGUGGAGGUGUGGAGCGAGGGUGACAAGAUCGCGGUGGGCGGCAGCGCCCGGGCGGUGCUGGAGCGGUUCCUGCGCUGGCGCCGGGAGGAGCUGCUGCCCCGGCUGCCCCACGACAACACCCAGCUCCUGACUGGUGCCCACUUCGAUGAUGUCUCAGUGGGGAUGUCCACUCAAGCCUCCAUGUGUUCCCCCACGCGCUCCGGGGGGGUCAGCAUGGACCACUCUGUCAGUGUCCUCGUGGUGGCCUCCACCGUGGCCCAUCAGCUGGGGCACAACCUGGGCAUGCGUCACGACAGCGCCGGGCGCCUCUGCGACUGCGGCGACCUCCGCCACGACCGCGGCUGCAUCAUGGCACCGCCCACGGGGUUGACACCUGGCUUGAGCUUCAGCAACUGCAGCUGGCAGGACCUGGAGCGCAGCCUGCAGCAGGGCCAGGGCUGGUGCCUCUCCAACAUCCCCGAGCCCCAACUCCUGGCUGGGAGCCCCACCUGCGGGAACCACUUCGUAGAGCUGGGCGAGGAAUGCGACUGCGGCCUCAGCGUGGAGUGCACAGAUCCUUGCUGCAACAGCAGCUCCUGCCAGCUGAUGCCAGGGGCCGUGUGUGCCAGUGAUGACGCCUGCUGUGAGGACUGCCAGCUGCGCCGUGCUGGCCACGUGUGUCGGGAGCUGCUGGGUGAAUGUGACCUGCCCGAGUUCUGUGAUGGGGUCUCACCACGCUGCCCCCCUGACACGUUCCUGCAGGACGGGCAGCCCUGUGCCAGCGGGCGGGCACGCUGCUACAGCGGGACCUGUGCCACCUACGAGGGGCAGUGCCAGCAGCUGCUGGGGCCAGGUGCCAGUCCUGUCUCCAGCUCCUGCAUGGCCGCCCUGAACUCAAGAGGGGAUGAACGUGGGCACUGCGGGCAGCUCGCCAAUGGCUCCUAUGUCACUUGCACCCAGCAGGACACCAGCUGUGGAAUGCUGCAGUGCCAGCGUGGCACCUCCCGUGGGGACAGCCCAGAAGGGUUCUGCCAGGGGACCACCCUGCCCGGGGAUGAGGAUGUGGCUGAUGCAGCCAUGGUGCUGCCUGGCACCACCUGUGGCCCCGGGAAGGUGUGCCUCCAGCACCGGUGCCAGAACGUCACCAUGCUGGGUGACCAGCAGUGCCAGAGCAAAUGCCAUGGGCACGGGGUGUGCAACAACCACGGGCACUGCCACUGUGAGCGGGGCUGGGCCCCCCCAAGCUGUGACAGCCCCGGAGUGGGGGGCAGCCAGGACAGCGGCCCUGCCGGCCUUGAGCGAGAGGGAAGCGCCCUGCCCACGGCCCUGCUGCUGAGCGCGCUGCUGGGGCUGGCGCUGGCGCUGGGGCUGUGCCGUGCCCGCCGUGCCGGCCUGCACAAGCACCUCUGCCAGCUCGGGAAAGGCACCUCCUGCCAGUACAGGAUCUCACAGCCAGAACCCCAGUUGGGCAGCAGCCAAGGUCCCCCUGCCCGUCCCCGGCCACCGCAGUGGCGUCAGGCCACGGAGCUGCAGGUCAUGCACGGCAGCAAGCCGGCUGCCCUCGGCUCAGCCCGGCCUGAUCCGCCCUCCCGGCCUCUCCCGCCGGACCCUGUGCCCAAGGCCCCCCCCUCGGACAGGCCGCCCCCCCCCACACGCCCGCUGCCCGCAGACCCUGUGCUGCUGAGCGCUCAGCCCCCAGGUCCUGCCAAGCCCCCACCACCACAGCGGCCGCUGCCCUCAGACCCACCGGGCUCAUCGCUGCCCCACGGGGAGACCCUCCCUGGGCACCCCUAUGUCACCGUGAUCCCCGCCAGGCCCGCCCCGGCCCCGCCAGAGGCCUGAGCGGCGGGCAGCGAGUGCGCAGCGCUGGAUCCGCGGAAAGGCCGGGCCCCGCCGCCCGCUUUUCCUCCCGCCACCUCAAUAAAGGCGCUGUGAGCCGCC